GACAGAAUUUAACCAAUGGCUGAAACUCACGCCGUACAUGACUUGACAUGUAACCAGGGUUCAUGCAAGGGCAAGAACUAUCUUGGUAAACAUAAACUUCAACAUAGAUCAGGAGUGUGUGCAUCCGUUCAAAAGUAUCAAUCACCUCUCCUAUACUUGUUGAUUGUAAAACAUGAAGCACGCAUUGCUUGUCUGCUUCUUUUCUGUCUUUAUCAUAGGUUUGGCGAACUGCGAGUGCCUAGCGGAGUGCACAGCACAAUACAACUUGGACAAAUUAGAUGCAAGCGUCGACGACCCAUGCACUGUCGAGCAGAGCUACAUCGACUGUCUGGCGAACUGUCAGCCAGCAAUGUUACUUACGUCCAGCAUGCGAUGGACGCUAUCGCGAUAUGUGUGUUCUGCCAGCCUACUCUGGUUCCACCUCCCCGUCCGUCAGUUUUCUUACCUUCCUCGUAGCUCCACUGUUCGCUGCUUAUCGAGCCUUCGGACUGUAACCCUCUCUGAUGUCAUCAACAUACGGCUGCAGCCAGAGACAGACAUAAUCUACACCUGUUCUUAUUACUUAAGUUCAUUAAUUACUCAGCUUAGUUAAUCAAUGAUCGACACUCAGUAUAUGUACAACCUGUUGAAACCGUUACCUGGAAACUGUUUUUGAUUGCCGGCUUAAAUGGACAAACGUGGCCAGCAAGGAAUGUACCUUCUGCGGAAGUUAAAUAGUUUUUCAGUCAGCCAAGCGAUUUUAGGCGGUUUCUACGAGUCUUUUAUCCUUUUCAUUUGUAUGCUAGUUUCGUAAUCUUUCUAUCCAUGAUAGGAAUAGUUUGAAUAGCAUUGCUCACAUCUGUUCAAAGAUAAUUGGUAUCAGAGGGACUUGACUUCCUUCUGUCUCCACCAACUAGUUAGGAAAGCUUCCCUCAUUCUGACAAUACCUGAACAUGUGCUAGCUGGAAAAUUUGUUUUAUUAAGUUCAGAUA